UUCAGCUCUUCAGGAUCCGAGAAGACCCGCCAGUGCCCCAGGUCGGCGAGCAGAGGGCCCCGGACGCCGGUCGGAUGCAGAUGCCGCCAGGGAACCCGCUGCUGCUGUCUCUCACGCUGCAGGAGCUGCUGGCCAGGGACGUGGUGCAGGUGGAGCUCAUCCCCGAGAAGAAGGGCCUCUUCCUGAAGCACGUGGAGUAUGAGGUCUCCAGCCAGCGCUUCCAGUCGUCUGUGUACCGGCGGUACAACGACUUCGUGGUCUUCCACGAGACGCUGCUGCAGAAGUUCCCGUACCGCAUGGUGCCGGCCCUCCCGCCCAAGAGGAUGCUGGGAGCCGACAGGGAGUUCAUAGAGGCCCGGCGGAGAGCGCUGAAACGCUUCAUCAACCUGGUGGCCCGGCACCCCCCUUUCUCCGAGGACGUCGUCCUCAAGCUGUUCCUGUCCUUCACCGGCCCUGAUGUGCAGAACAAGCUGAAGGAGUCCGCCCAGUACGUGGGAGACGAAUUCGUGAAUUGUAAGCUGGCCGCUCGGGCCAAGGACUUCCUCCCGGCGGACAUCCAGGCUCAGUUCGCCAUCAGCCGGGAGCUGAUCCGCAACGUCUACAACAGCUUUUACAAACUUCGUGACCGGGCCGAGCGCAUGGUGUCGCGGGCCAUCGACAGCGCUGCCGACCUUCUCGUGUUCGGGAAGGAGCUGAGCACUUUAGGGUCUGACACGACGCCGCUCCCCUCCUGGGCCGCUCUGAGCAGCAGCACGUGGGGGUCCCUCAAGCAGGCGCUGAGAGGCCUGUCCGUUGAAUUUGCACUGCUCGCCGACAAGGCUGCGCAGCAGGGCAAACAGGAAGAGAACGACGUGGUGGAGAAACUGAACCUCUUCCUGGAUCUGCUUCAGUCCUAUAAAGACCUGUGUGAGCGGCACGAGAAGGGCGUGCUGCACAAGCACCAGCGGGCGCUGCACAAGUACAGCCUGAUGAAGCGGCAGGUGAUGAGCGCCGCCGCGCACAACCGCGAGCCCGAGUCGGUGGAGCAGCUGGAGUCCCGCAUCGUGGAGCAGGAGAGCGUGAUCCAGACGAUGGAGCUUCGGAACUACUUCUCCCUGUACUGCCUGCACCAGGAGACGCAGCUGGUGCACGUCUACCUGCCCCUCACCUCCCACAUCCUCGGGGCCUUCGUCAACUCCCAGAUCCAAGGGCACAAGGAGAUGAGCAAGGUGUGGAAUGACCUGCAGCCCAAGCUGCGCUGCCUCUUCGCUGGCCCGCACGGCUCCCCGCCCCCUCAGGACGGCCUGCCUCCGCACUAGCGCCGGGGGACUCGGCGGCAGCUCCGGCGCCCUUACUAAAACUUCUUUCCAAACGGUGUGUCCCUGUCUAAUUCCCUUUGGCUGCCCCACCACCAGCGGGCCCGUGGUCGGCCGAAGCCCCCUUAGAAGAGCUGCUGCCCCUCGUGGGGAGCAGGGCCGAGGACACGCCCACGGAAGCCAGGGCCCUCGAUGUCUGCCUGGUCGCCCUGACCACGCCCGUCCCUCCCGACACCCUGCCGUGGUCUGUUAGUCUGGGGUGCCAGCCCUGUAGAGCCUCUGGAGUGGUUUUGUCCUGAUUCCAAGAGGACAAGGUGGCCGGUGGGGUUCACGCGGCAGACGGUGCCUGGGGGUAUGGGCAGCGGAACUCCCUGGGCCAGAAUAGUCCUCGGACAUCUGGAAUAGCUGAGCGGGGAGAGGGAGGCUGAAACUCCACGGCGGGGCAGGACUGUCCUUGAGGCCGGCCUGCUGUGUGGGACAAGGAGGUGGCCACAUCUCUGACACGCAGUUGGUCAGCGAGACCUUUGACUCCGGCCCACGGACAGCCUUGGGGGGCUGAGGUGGGAAUGAGCCCUCAGGGGAGUGGGUGGGGGAGGUGGGGGCCCGAGGGUCGUUCCAGGGACCAGCCCCGCUAAGUGCCCUGGUGCCCUGGUCUGGGACUAACCUCCAGGCAGUGUCUGUGCACCACCCCCCGACCUGUGCACGCUCACGCUCUGUGCCCCCGCGCUGUGCGGGCUGGUCCGAGGUGUGGAAGACGAAGGCGGGACCCAGGGAUCUGGAGGUUUGUGAGCUGCUGCUUCUGAGCUGGCUCUGUCUGUCUGUGCAGCCCCCUCCUUUGGAGCUUUGAGGCUGGUGGGGCACUGGGGGGUGUCGUCCAGCUGGCGCCCUGGAGGACGGAUCGGUGUUACUUUUAACCCUUUCUCAAACUGGCUUCACUCCUUUUUGGCAACUCAGACCCUUCUCCCAGGCCCCCCUCCCAUCCUCCCAGAGGGUGCCGUGGGGCUGGCCAUCCGGAGCUGUGGGGUUAGUGCCUGCCUGGGGCCUGCGUGUUUUCUGCUCUGAAUCCGAGUCGUAUAAGCGGGGCCCGGGACCAGGUGGCCCCUCUGCCCUUCGCUGUUCUCUUUGGCUCGGGACAGAGGUUGGAGGAGCUUGACUGCACAUAGAUUUCUGAGAUCCCUGCUCUCCAGGAAUACGUGCCUGAUUCUGGGGCUUUGCUGUUGGUCACGCAGGACCCAGGGGCUCUGGUGACAGGGAGGCUUCUCUGAUGAGCUAACACAUGUUACAGGGAAAGCGGGUGUCUUUUGGGCCCAGCCGGACAGCUGUGUCCAGCUAGGGCAUGGCCCACCCCUCACGUGGGGUCUGUCUGUGCCAGCUUCGCAGCCACACGGAUGCAGGGAGGCCAGCUGCACCCCUGCGACGCCUGGGCCCCUGACGGCCAACACGUGCCUUCCUGUGCCGGGCUGGCUAGGCUCCUGGCUGCGUCCCCCAGAGCCUGAGGCGCGGGGAUCCUUGUCCCUUUGUGGGCAUCUUCUGCCACUUCUUUCUCCAUAGAAAUGGGCUCUCACCCACUUGGAGUGGCUCUGUGCUGCCCCGCGGGGCUGGUCCCCUCGCCUGGACUGUAAAGAGUGACCCCAGGGGCUCUGCUGUCCCUGCCCUGCGGCCGGUGCGGUUCACCUGGGGGCCGGGCCGUGGCGGUGAGGGACACAAGCUGUCCCUGCCCUGCGGCCGGUGCGGUUCACCUGGGGGCCCGGCCGGGGCGGUGAGGGACGCAAGCUGUCCCUGCCCUGCGGCCGGUGUGGUUCACCUGGGGGCCUGGCCGGGGGCGGUGAGGAACACAAGGCCACAGGACAGCAGAGUCGAGGGAGCCACAUGGUGGACAGGGGGCAGGAGCAUGGAAGGUGGGGGAGCAUCUCCCAGGGCAGGUUAAGCCGUGUCCUCCGUCCCCACGUGGGUUGCCGGGGAGCGCUCUGGCCCAGAGACUUCAGAGGCGCUUUUCUGGAGAGAACGGCACCCUGGGGCUGGCUCCUGGCAGCAUCUGCCUGUGGUGGAAACUAGGAGCAAGUUCUUGGCUGGAGCCCCAGUGACCUUUUCCGCCAGAGGCUUAUCUGGGGGCGCUUUCUAGUCCCCUCCACCUCCCUGGGCUCUGGAGAAAGGGCAUCGGGAAGAUGUCGGAGUGACGUAGGCAAGGCCGUGUCCCCCCCAUUCGGCACUUCUGCACAGCUCCCCUCUGCCUGAACCUGGGCUGCCAUAGAUUGCCAGGCUCGGGGGCUGGUGUUUUCUGCUCAGUGUCUGCUGGGGGAGGAGAAGAGGCUGCUCCCAGCUCCGAGGUGGAGGCCCUGGGAUGACAGGGGCCGGAGGUCACGCACUCCUGUGUCCUUCCCGCUGGCUGGGGAGGGCCGACGUGCUGCAGCCCCAUGAAGGGACAUCCAAUCGCGUUACCCUGUUGGGAGCCCUUCAUGCUGCUCUGAGGAUCCCGCUCCCCUGUCCGAGGAGGCUGAGAGACUCCCUGCUGCCUCAGCCUGGCCCGCGGCCUGGCCCGCGGGAGUGUGCCUUCGGGUCCGGGGUCCGACUCGGUCGACCUCGCUGCAAGAAGGGCGGGAGUGGUGGAGGGAGGCGGAGGUGGGGACAGGAGCCGGGCUGUCGGGAGGUUCCCCUUGCUUGGCUGAGUCGUGUAUGUACGAAGCACUUUACGAGGCUGCAGGAACUAGUCACCGCCACACCCAGGAAACAUUGUUUACAAACCAUCCACGUUCCGAGAUUUUUAUCAAUGAACUUACGUGAGCGACUAUUAUUAAACAUAUUUAUAAAA